AUGGUAAACGCGCCCUUAACCAGUACCGAGAUCGCAAAACACAAUUCGGCAGAAUCUUGCUGGGUCAUUAUACACGGGAAAGCAUACGAUGUAACCGAUUUCUUACCCGAACACCCUGGGGGUUCCAAGAUAAUUCUAAAAUACGCUGGCAAAGAUGCUACUGAGGAAUUCGACCCGAUCCAUCCGCCAGAUACGCUCGAGAAAUAUCUUGACCCUUCAAAGCACAUGGGCGAAGUCGAUAUGUCCACUGUAGUCGCCGAAGUGAAAGCAGUAGACCCCUACGAAGCCGAAAGACAGUCAUAUGUCGAAAACAAGCCAGCACUCGACCAGUGCUAUAAUCUCCUAGAUUUCGAAGCUGUGGCCAAACGGGUAAUGAAAAAGACAGCGUGGGCGUACUACAGCAGCGGAGCAGACGAUGAAAUUACACUGAGGGAUAACCAUUCUGCUUUUCAUCGAAUUUGGUUCCGACCGAAGGUAUUAGUGGACGUGGAGAGGGUCGACAUGUCGACUACUAUGCUAGGGACGAAGACUUCAAUACCCUUUUAUGUCACUGCAACAGCUUUAGGCAAGCUAGGUCAUCCUGAAGGAGAGGUUGUUUUGACAAAGGGCGCCGCGAAGCAUAAUGUCAUACAGAUGAUACCGACGUUGGCAUCAUGUUCAUUCGACGAGAUAUGUGACGCGAAAUCAGGGGAUCAAGUUCAGUGGCUUCAACUGUACGUCAACAAAAACCGUGAAAUCACCCGGAAAAUUGUUUGUCAUGCAGAAAAAAGAGGAUGCACGGCCCUCUUCAUUACCGUGGAUGCGCCUCAACUAGGGCGAAGAGAAAAAGACAUGCGAUCAAAGUUCGAAGACAAUGGCUCUAGUGUCCAAAAUGACAACGGCGACUCCAUGGAUCGAUCACAAGGUGCCGCUAGGGCUAUUUCCUCCUUCAUUGACCCAUCUUUGAGCUGGAAAGAUAUACCCUGGUUCAAAAGCAUCACCAAAAUGAAGAUUGUCCUAAAGGGCGUCCAGCGGGUAGAAGACGUUAUCAAAGCAUGUGAGGCCGGUGUUGACGGGGUAGUAUUAUCGAAUCACGGCGGAAGGCAAUUAGACACCGCACCCAGCGGAAUCGAAAUAUUGGCUGCGGCUAUGCCGAUCCUGAAAGAAAGAGGGCUCGAGAAUAAAAUAGAAAUCUACAUAGAUGGUGGCAUCCGGCGUGCAUCCGACAUCGUGAAGGCACUUUGUCUAGGUGCCAGGGGUGUGGGCAUUGGAAGACCUUUCCUAUAUGCCAUGUCAGCGUACGGGCCGGCCGGUGUUGAUCGCGCGAUGCAGCUGCUUAAAGACGAGAUGGAGAUGAACAUGAGACUAAUUGGAGCGCCAACUAUUGCCGACUUGGAGGAGAAUAUGGUAGAUACUCGCGCAGUAGCCCUGCAUUCUACAGCCAUCAAGGAUACAUUGAGCUUAAGGGCAUAUGACCCCCUCGUGGCCCCCGUCUUCCGAUCGAAACUUUGA